CCGCGGGCGGCCAGGGGGCAGGCGCGCCGGCUGCAUCCCCAUCCUCGGCGUCGCCCGGCACGGCGCGCGGGCGAGCGGCGCGGGCGGCCGGAGCGCGGCAGGCGGAGCGCCAGGCCGGCCAUGGCCACCACCAGCACCACGGGCUCCACCCUGCUGCAGCCCCUCAGCAACGCCGUGCAGCUGCCCAUCGACCAGGUCAACUUUGUCGUGUGCCAGCUCUUCGCCUUGCUAGCAGCCGUUUGGUUUCGAACUUACCUCCAUUCAAGCAAAACUAGCUGUUUUAUAAGACAUGUCGUUGCUACCCUUUUGGGCCUUUAUCUUGCACUUUUUUGCUUUGGAUGGUAUGCCUUACAUUUUCUCGUACAAAGUGGAAUUUCCUACUGUAUCAUGAUCAUCAUAGGAGUGGAGAACAUGCACAAAUAUUGUUUUGUGUUUGCUUUGGGAUACCUCACAGUGUGCCAAAUUACUAGAGUCUAUAUCUUUGAUUAUGGACAAUAUUCUGCUGAUUUUUCAGGCCCAAUGAUGAUAAUUACCCAGAAGAUCACUAGUUUGGCUUAUGAAAUUCAUGAUGGGAUGUUUCGAAAGGAUGAAGAACUGACUGCAUCACAGAGAGGUCUGGCUGUAAGACGCAUGCCAAGCCUCCUGGAGUACCUAAGUUACAACUGUAACUUCAUGGGCAUCCUGGCAGGCCCACUCUGCUCCUACAAAGACUACAUUACUUUCAUCGAAGGCAGAUCGUACCACAUGACACGGUCAGGCGAAAACGGAAAAGAAGAAAUACAGAACGAGAGAGCAGAGCCAUCUCCAAAUGUUGCAGUUAUUCAGAAGCUCUUAGUCUGUGGACUUUCCUUACUAUUUCACUUGACCAUCUCUAACACCUUACCUGUGGAGUAUAACAUCGAUGAGAAUUUUCAAGCUACCGCUUCAUGGCCAACAAAAGUCAUCUAUCUUUACGUCUCUCUUCUGGCUGCCCGACCCAAAUACUAUUUCGCAUGGACAUUAGCGGAUGCUAUUAAUAAUGCUGCGGGCUUUGGUUUCAGAGGAUAUGAUGAAAAUGGAACGGCUCGUUGGGACUUAAUUUCCAACUUGAGAAUUCAGCAAAUAGAGAUGUCAACAAGUUUCAAGAUGUUUCUUGAUAAUUGGAAUAUUCAGACAGCUCUUUGGCUCAAAAGGGUGUGUUACGAACGAGCCUCCUUGAGUCCAACCAUCCAGACGUUCGUUCUGUCCGCCAUCUGGCACGGGGUUUACCCGGGGUAUUACCUGACGUUUCUCACGGGAGUGGUGAUGACACUGGCAGCACGAGCCAUGAGAAAUAACUUUAGACAUUAUUUCAUCAAACCUCCCCAGCUUAAAUUAUUGUAUGAUGUUACAACGUGGAUAGUGACUCAAAUAGCAAUAAGUUACACAGUUGUGCCAUUUGUACUUCUAUCUGUAAAACCGUCGUUCAUGUUUUACAGCUCCUGGUAUUACGGCCUGCACAUUGCUGGUAUCUUAGUAUUAUUGUUGUUGCCGGUGAAAAAAACUCAAAGAGGAAAGAAUACACAGGAAAAUGUUCAGCUGGCACGAUCCAAAAAGUUUGAUGAAAGAGAAAAUUUCUUGGGACAGAAUAGUUUUUCCACAACAAACAAUGUUUGCAAUCAGAAUCAAGAAAUAGCCUCUAGACAUUCAUCAUUAAAACAGUGAAGGGGAAAAUAUGCUGACGGCUAUUUUUUCUAUGUUAACAGAAACCACUCUUAGCACCUUUCAAGGGAUUUGUGUUUGUUUGGAAAGAGAUUAAGUGGGGGGACAUCUGACAGAGCUAGGUAGGGAAUUUCCUGUAUAGCAGAUUGGAAACGGAGUGAAUAACCCCUCCCAGGCCAUGUCCCUGUGGGCCACGCCUUAUAUAAAAAUAUUUCCAUUAUUUCAAUGGGCACUCAGGACCUCAGCAUAUGUCCACACGGUCAUAUGUGUGCCCUGUUGCUGAAUGUAUGUUGCGUAUCCCAAGGCACCGAAGAGGUGGACAGGUAAUUGUGUCAAUCUGGAUGAUUGAGAGAAAUUAACUUUUCCAAAUGAAUGUCUUGCCUUAAACCCUCUAUUUCCUGAAAUAUCGUUCCUAAAUGGUAUUUUCAAGUGUAAUAUUGUGAGAACACUAUUUCAAUAUUUGAUGUUAUAUGCUGUAAAGGAAUUCUGGAGGAAUUUUGAAACAGGAUAUUUAAGAUGUGGAUACUUUAAAAAUGCAAUAAACAUCUCAGUAUUGGAAGGGUUUUCUUAAAGUAUCUCAGAUGACUACAGUACGUAGCGAAACCGCAAACAGGACCGGAUGCCAAAUUAUACGUAGCUUAUUUUCCUGGAGAAUUUAAUUACUUUGUGUCAGUCAGAGCCCGUCAAGGAAGAAUUUCUUCAACACAGUUAAAGGUGGGUAAUGGGAUAUUUUAAGUUUAUUUUCUUAAAAAAAAAAAGCAAGAGAAGAUGACAAGGGAAGGAAGGAAGGCAUGAAUGAAGGAGGCCCCACGAGGACUGGCGUAGAGCCUGCUGGGAUGGGGCACAGGUGCACAGUGUAGGUACCACGUGCUCCGCAGACGUGCUUUUCACCUUUACUGAUCUGAGUUCUUCGUGAUUAUGUAAGACAUCAAGAUGUAAUAACUUUUUAAUGUGGUGGACUUUGAAAUGAAAUUUAUCAAGCAUAAAUUAUAUAGAAUUGUUAGAGGGAUCAUGAAAACAAUAGUGGCGGAUUGUGUGAGGGUUAUGGAAGAGAAAUCACUGAGUAAGGUGACUGUCUAGUCACUUUCUGAUCCUUAGCAGCUUACUUCCUAUUUGGGAAAGUUUUAGGGAGAUGAAAGCUUAAAGUCGUGGGGUCUGGCCCACAUUUUUAGAAAAUAAAAGAAAUCAGUUUCCAGACUCUUCAAUUCUUACAUUAAAAUGUUGCUCUUCACUCUUUUUAAUGAGUUUUAGGUUCUGUAAGUAGAAGAGUAUGCUUUUAUCUUACAGGCCAUUUUCCCCAUAAUUGGUCUCACCUUGAAUUACUAGAUGUCUCCUUUAAUGCCACAGUCUGGUGACGGGCGUGGUAAGCUGAAAGCAGAGGAGGGGACUGCGAGGCCAUCCUGGAGUGUAGGGCUUCAGCCGCAGAUAGUGAAUCACGGGAUCAUGGGGUUUGAGAGAAGAGCGGGGGACACGGCCUUCUGACUUCACCUUUAUGUGACCAGUCUUUGAUUUGACUUCACCUUUAUUUGACCAGUUCAUUUCCUUUCUGCCUUACAUUUUUAAUGCAAUGCAAAUUGGUUAGGUGUGGUGUGUCUUUUAUUUUUGUCGUUAGUAAGUUUGUAAGUGAAGUUAAAGCAGAACCCCUAUCUGGCUUGAGCUGCGCAGCAUUUCACUUAAAGAGAAACAGCAAGCGUCCUUGGAACUGGUGAGGUCUCCGUCAGCAAAAACAUCAGCGUAUCUUUUUAGAACUUUAGAAAUAUCCUGGUCUUUGUUUAUAGCAAAUGUGGUUAUUUUUCUAAAGGUAAAAUUUUUCCACCUGCUGAGGUCAGCCAUACCCUGCUACUUACUUCCCAGGCAAGGACAGAUAGCUAAAUAAAUUUUCUCUGUUUUCCCAUGCAUUGAAAUUAAGCUAGCUGUGUAACGUGAGACGAUGGAAAAGAAUAAUCAUGGAAAAUAUCUGCCCCCGAAAGGUCUCCUUAGUUUAAUUACUGCUGCAGAGAAUCUGAUCACUAUUUUUCAAAAGUAAACAAAUUCAGGGUUUAAAGGACAAGUCUAGGCAUGUCAUAAAUGAAAAUAAGAAAGCUUAAUAAAACUUUUUUUCAGCCCACCUCUAGCCAUGAAUAAAUAAUAACUGUUUAUUUUUAUCACCUAUGUCAUUUCUCUGCCUGUAAACCUAAAAUCACUGUUACCUGUUUCUUGUUCAAUGAAUGUCCUCAUGGUGUUGCCAUCCAGGAAGCAAGAUGAUUGAAUAAUUUUCCAAUUACUUUGAAGAUGAUACAUUAUCUAUACAGAUUGACUGAUUUUCAUCCCUUUGGAUCAACUAGUUUUUUGGUUUUUGUAUGAAAUGGUUUUAGGAUAGCUUUUCUCUAAUUUUGUAGAAAUUCUCAUAAGUAUGUAAUCUAGAAAAACUAAAGAAAUCUAAUUCUCGACUUUUCUUCUCAAGAAGAAACACUUUGUGCUGUGUGAAAUGACUGUAUCUACUUGGAGUGUUGUAAGGAUUAAUACUUCUACUUGAAGUGGAAACUGGUAUAUCUCUACUACUGUUAAGUAUAAAGGGAUUCAUUGUA